AUGGCCAUGGCCCGGCCUGACCCUGCUGGUGCGCGGCCUGCCGCCUCGCCCGCGGGCCCCGAGCUGGAGCAGCUUCUCGGCGGCUCGGCCCCGCUCAGGCGCUGCUUCGUGGUGACCCGCAAAGGCAGUGAAACCUGCCGUGGGUUUGGCUAUGUCACCUUCUCCCUGCUGGAGGAUGCCCAGCGAGCCCUCAGGGAGGUCACCACCUUCGAAGGCCAUGAGAUCAAGGUGGCUGUUGCGAAGAAGAAGCUGAGGGAGAAGAAACAGCGGCAGCUGGACGCCCCGGAGACCCGUCCAGAAGAGCAGAAGCCGAAAAAGCCAAAAGGGGCCCCCAAGAAAGCCAGGCUGAUCAUCCGCAACCUGAGCUUUAAGGUAGGAGCGAUGAGCGGGAUCACUGGCCCUGCGACUUGCCAGGCAGCUCUGCAAGGUAGAUGACAGCCCAAGGCUCAG